GAUUCACAAUGAGGACAUUUGUCUGACUUUGUGACAUGUUUUAAAACCCACAUUUUAUGCAAAUGUAACUUAAAUAUGAGCAAAUAUGAAUCAUUGGUUUAUGUUUAGACAAAUAUGUGUCAUAUAUCAUGAAUAAAUACAAGUUAUUGACAAUUCUACUAUUAAGUGGGGGACUUUUAUUUGGAAAAAUUCCGUGACCCGGAAAAACUGUUUAACUAUUGCUAACGAAACGCGGAUAUUUUUUUUGACAGCCUAUCGAUGAAUAAUACACAAUUUCACACAAAACAUCGAAAACACACUGACCGUUGCAUUGAUGUCGUUUAACACCUAGUAGCCGUAAUCGCAAAGGCUGGUUGCUGAUACAGUAGGGGCCUGGUCUAGCUGUGGGUCUUGUGGUGAGACAGAGAUCCACACCUCCUGCCCUACAGAAGGGUGUGUGUAGGAGCUGGGAGGGGGAAGCGACUAGAGGGGGGGCAGGUGCCAUGCUCUAGGGUUGAGGUGGGGAAGAGGGGGACUCACAGGUCAGGGGUGGUGGCUGAGGUUGCAGAGGAGAUGAAGUUGAAGCAGCGUGUGGUUGUACUGGUUGCCGUGCUACUCCUGUUGGGGCUUGCCAAACUUCUUCUGCUGAACGGAGGAGAGGAGUCCGCAGCCAGCCGACGAGACCUCAGAGCCUUCCGCAAGAUGGAGGCAGGCCUGUCUCUCUCCCGCGGUGCCCGUUUAACACACACUCUCCAGUCUCCAUGGGAGGUGGCAGGCCAGUGGGUGGGCCCAAGGGAGGUGUACCCUGAGGAGACCCCCGAGCUGGCAGCCGUCCUCACCGCGCUGGGCACUGCAAGGGUGGAGCGAGCAGACGUGGGCUACAAGGGCACCCAGCUCAAAGCUCUACUAGUACUGGACGGGGGGCAGAAAGUGGUCUUUAAACCCAAGAGGUAUAGUAGAGACUAUAUGGUAGAAGGAGAGCCAUAUGCAGGUUAUGACAGACACAAUGCAGAGGUGGCAGCUUUUCACCUGGACAGGAUCCUGGGCUUCAGGAGAGCACCCCUAGUGGUAGGGAGGUUUUUCAACCUGAGGACUGAGCUCAAACCUGUCGCCACGGACCAGCUACUCAGUACCUUUCUAAUCCAGGGUAAUAAUAGUUGUUUCUAUGGGAAGUGUUACUACUGUAGAGAGAGUGAGCCGGCAUGUGCGGAGGGAGAGAACAUGGAGGGAUCUUUAACUCUCUGGCUGCCAGAUGUCUGGCCGCUCCAGAAACAUAGACACCCCUGGGGACGCACUUACAGGGAGGGCAAACUGGCCAGGUGGGAGUAUGAUGAGAGCUACUGUGAUGCGGUGAAGAAGAUGCCUCCGUACGACGCCGGUCCCAGACUCCUGGACGUCAUAGACACAGCCAUCUUUGAUUACCUCAUCGGCAACGCAGACCGACAUCAUUAUGAGAGUUUCCAAGACGAUGGAGGAGCCAGCAUGCUCAUUCUGCUGGAUAAUGCAAAGAGUUUUGGGAAUGCAGCUCUGGAUGAAAGAAGCAUUUUGGCCUCUCUGUAUCAAUGUUGCAUGGUGCGUAUGUCUACGUGGAACAGGUUGAACCUGCUGAGGGCAGGGGCUCUGAGUUCAGCCAUGAGGCAGGCCCUGACCUUUGACCCCAUCAACCCCGUCCUGGCCGAGCCCCACCUGGCUGCCCUGGACAGACGGCUGUCUGGUAUCAUAGCAACCAUCCGGCAGUGUGUGGAGUCACAGGGCCCUGACAACACACUGAUAGAGGACCGCAUGAACCUGCCACACUCCUAAAGGAGGACAGGAGAGAGGGAUGGAGGAGAGGAGAGACCUGUCCCAUCCCGAGACGAGGACAGGAGAAAGAGGGAUGGAGGAAAGGAGUAGAGACCUGUCCAAUCCCUUGUGGAGGACAAGAGAGAGGGAUAGAUAGAUGGAGGAGAGACGAGGGAAAGGAGAAGCUGUCUCACCCAGAGAUCGAGAGAGAGGGUUGAGCCAUGGUAGGAGGAGCUGGAUGAUAAACCCCCUCCCACACUCCCCCUCCUCCUCUCAGGGCCUCCCAGAAUGGGACAGGAAAUGACUCCAGCAGCAGGAAGUGGUUUCCUCUACAAACUGUUUCCCUCCACACUAGAACACUUGAACCUAAUGGGAUCUAUAUCUGAGGAACUGUAUCCCCAAUGUCUCUCCUCUGCCUUCCGCACACACACACACCUCGUGCCAAACCCUCCUCUCUUGUCCAGUAAUAACAAGGGAACCAAAGCCAUAGGACUCAACCCAGCGACACUCAGGAUAGCAGGGGUCGCUCACACAGCCAUAGCACCCCACUCCAUGUGGACACAACACUCCCAGCGAAAUCCACUGGACAGACAGUGGAGAGGGAAACUGGUUAAUUGACCAAGGGGAAUUUUGUGGUCAGUCUGAUUGUGACUGACAAACAGACGUGUCUGUGUCCGAAAUGACACCGUAUUUCCUAUAUAGUGCAUAAGGCUCUCGCCAAAAGUAGUGCACUGUAUAGGGAGGGAAUUGUGUGCAAUUUCAGAAUCUGCCAACUGACUAUGGGUGUGUCUCAAAUGCUGCUCUAUUCAAAAUAUAUUGCACUAGUUUUGGCCCCAGUUUCUCAGACCUUAUUUCUGAAUUAAAAGCACUUUCAUUAGAGAUUGUUCAUUAAGCAUGCUUUUUUAGUCCAGGAUUAGACUUGAUCUGGGUCUAAGAAACUGGCCUAUGCGGUUUUAAAGGUUGGCUACAUACUCUAGGGCUUUAGUCAAGACUAGUACACUAUUUUGGGAAUAGGGUAUCCUUUGAGACAUUACCAGUGUGUACAUAACUAACUGUUGAAUAGCAUUACUGAGGGAGUAUAAUUAUGAAAAUUGUAAUAUUAAAUUAACCUAAUGUCGUGUCUGAAUGUGUGUGCCUGAAUGUGUGUGCAUGAGUGUCCCGCAAACUAUAUAUUAUGCAUUUGUCCAUCACUAAGAAUAGAAUUGUUGGCAGAUUGCCUUAAAUUCUGAGAUGUUGUAAAGAUUUGUCCUUUUGUAUUGGUGAGGUUGAGGUGAGAGAAUGUCAACAUACCAAUAAUUAGAAAAAUCUUAAAAACCAUGCAUAUGCAACAAAUUAUAUAUUAUAUAUAAUUAUUCUAAAAAAAUUAUAUAUAAUUGAGGAGUCUCCUCAAGGAGUCGGUCACCCAAAAAAACGUCCCGCAAUCAGUUUUUGGUCAAAAAAUACUAAAAUCACCAGGAAUCCUGCAAAAAUAUUGUGUAAUUUGGAAAAUCUGUUCCCAAAUAUUCUGACAAAUGAAAAGAGAUGUUAUCGUGUCAAUCUAAUCAAGGUAUGACAUUAUUUUCAAAUUCAAUCUCUUUGAGCUUAGUUGUGGUUAAUUUGCAGUGUUCAUUAUUAUGUUCUGCCCCCCCGACCAUCUGCUCCAACAAAAAUCAUCCGGCAGCUGUAUCUAGUUGCCUAAACCUGGUGUAGGGGGUAUCAUACUGUAGUUGAGUAUGCUACUGACGAUUUAAAGAGAGAAUUUGGGACAGGGAGGGGGAAGAUGGGAAGUUUGGGGCUGUAUAGGUAUGUAAUGUUUUCAACAUUAAAAAGUAUUUUUUAAA